GUCGCUGCUUCCUGGGGCGGCGGUAUGCUGGGGAAAGGGGUAGUUGGCGGUGGCGGCGGCACCAAGGCGCCCAAGCCCUCCUUCGUGUCGUACGUGCGCCCUGAGGAAAUUCACACAAAUGAAAAGGAAGUAACAGAGAAGGAAGUAACACUUCACUUGUUGCCAGGUGAGCAGCUGCUUUGUGAAGCCAGCACAGUACUGAAGUAUGUCCAGGAAGAUUCUUGUCAGCAUGGGGUCUAUGGGAGACUUGUCUGCACAGACUUCAAGAUUGCUUUCUUGGGUGAUGAUGAAUCUGCACUGGAUAAUGAUGAAACUCAAUUUAAGAAUAAGGUUAUAGGAGAAAAUGACAUUACACUUCACUGUGUUGAUCAGAUUUAUGGAGUGUUUGAUGAGAAAAAAAAAACUCUCUUUGGACAAUUGAAGAAGUACCCCGAGAAACUCAUCAUCCACUGCAAAGACCUGCGAGUGUUCCACUUCUGUCUGAGGUACACAAAGGAAGAAGAAGUCAAAAGGAUUGUCAGUGGCAUAAUUCAUCAUACUCAGGCUCCUAAACUGCUUAAACGAUUGUUUCUGUUUUCCUAUGCAACUGCUACACAAAACAAUACAGCCGCUGAUCCCAAGAACCAUACAGUAAUGUUUGACACACUUAAGGACUGGUGUUGGGAAUUGGAACGGACCAAAGGCAACAUGAAGUACAAAGCAGUGAGUGUCAAUGAAGGCUAUAAAGUCUGUGAGAGGUUGCCAGCAUACUUUGUGGUCCCCACCCCUCUUGCUGAAGAGGAUGUGCAGCGCUUUCAGGGUCACGGCAUACCAAUAUGGUGUUGGUCCUGCCACAAUGGAAGUGCCCUUUUGAAAAUGUCAGCACUGCCCAAAGAACAGGACGAUGGCAUUUUACAAAUCCAGAAGAGCUUCUUGGAUGGAAUUUACAAGACCAUCCACAGGCCACCCUAUGAAAUAGUUAAAACUGAAGACCUGUCAGGCAACUUCCUAUCCCUGCAGGAAAUCCAGACUGCAUACUCUAAAUUUAAACAGCUGUUUCUGAUAGAUAACAGUACUGAAUUUUGGGACACAGAUAUAAAGUGGUUUUCUCUGUUGGAAAGUAGCAGCUGGCUUGACAUAAUCAGACGUUGCCUGAAAAAAGCAAUAGAGAUUACAGAAUGCAUGGAAGCACAAAACAUGAACAUUCUUCUUUUAGAGGAGAACGCAUCCGACCUCUGUUGCCUCAUUUCCUCUCUGGUGCAAGUGAUGAUGGAUCCCCACUGCAGAACCAGGAUUGGUUUCCAGAGCCUCGUCCAGAAGGAGUGGGUCAUGGGUGGCCACUGUUUCUUGGAUCGCUGCAACCACCUGCGCCAGAGUGACAAAGAGGAGGUUCCUGUGUUCCAGCUUUUCUUAGAUUGUGUCUGGCAGCUGGUACACCAGCAUCCUCCAGCAUUUGAAUUCACAGAGACUUACCUGACUGUUUUGUCAGAUAGCCUAUACAUUCCUAUUUUUAGCACCUUCUUCUUCAAUUCACCUCAUCAAAAAGAUACUAACGUGGGCAGGGAAAGCCAGGAUACACAAAGCAAGCCUUUGAAUCUGCUCUCCGUGUGGGACUGGUCUGUACAGUUUGAACCCAAAGCCCAGACGUUGCUCAGAAACCCUCUCUACGUGGAAAAGCCAAAACUGGACAAAGGCCAACGGAAAGGAGUGCGUUCCAAACAUCAACGACAACUUUCUUUGCCACUCACCCAAUCUAAGUCAUCUCCCAAAAGAGGAUUUUUCAGGGAAGAAACAGAUCAUUUAAUUAAAAACCUUCUGGGCAAGAGAAUUAGCAAGCUUAUUAAUUCUUCUGAUGAGCUGCAAGACAACUUUCGAGAGUUCUAUGACAGCUGGCAUAGCAAGCCCACUGACUACCACGGUUUGUUGUUGCCUCAUAUAGAGGGACCAGAAAUCAGAGUCUGGGCCCAGCGCUACUUGCGUUGGAUUCCGGAAGCCCAAAUCCUAGGUGGUGGCACAGUGGCCACUAUGAGCAAACUCUUGGAAAUGAUGGAGGAAGUCCAGAGCUUACAAGAGAAAAUCGACGAGAGACACCACAGCCAGGAAGACCCCCAGGCAGAGCCCCCCUGCCUGCUGAGGAACUCUGCCCGCCUGUCCUCUUUGUUUCCCUUUGCUUUGCUGCAGCGACAUUCCUCUAAGCCCAUCUUGCCCACCAGUGGCUGGAAGGCUUUGGGAGAUGAGGAAGAUUUGGCCAAACGAGAAGAUGAGUUUGUGGAUCUAGGGGACGUGUGACCUAUUUGCUGAAUGAUUGUGAAAGAGGAGCGUGGGAGACUGGGACAGUCGUUCCCUGGAUUUGAGUCACGCCGCAGCUGAUGCUGGGGGGACCAUUAGCCCAGCGCUCCGUUGGAGUAAACCUGGGCCUUCAGGAAAA